AAAUCCAGUCACCACCCUAGUGUACUCUGCAGGCCCGUGCAUCCCCCAUUCCCCUGUGUCCCGUUCGUGCCAUUUGUGCAGCGAGCUAGCGUCCAUCCUGAGCUCUCAGAGCUUCGGGGACUGGGGCUUCUCGAAGGCUUAAAAGCGACCCACGCACAGGGGGAGUGAGAGGAGUGAGAGUGAGCUGCUCCUGCACAAACAAGACGGCAGUAGCGACAGGAUAGCUGCUUCGAUCAGCUAGCUCUUCGCUAUGGCAGCCUUCUCCUCGAGCUCGUCUGCUCCCAUGUUGAUACGCUCCGUGCUCUUCGUGUCUCUCCUGUCCGCCGCGUUCGUCUUCGACUCCGGCGAGGCUGGUGCGGCGCACAGGGUGGUCGACCCGGAGUGGCACCCGGCCACGGCCACCUGGUACGGCAGCGCUGACGGCGACGGCAGCGACGGCGGCGCGUGUGGAUACGGGACGCUGGUGGACGUGGUGCCGAUGAAGACGCGGGUGGGCGCGGUGAGCCCCGUGCUGUUCAAGGGCGGCGAGGGGUGCGGCGCCUGCUACAAGGUGCGUUGCCUCGACGCCAGCAUCUGCUCGCGCCGCGCCGUCACGGUCAUCGUCACCGACGAGUGCCCCGGCGGCGUCUGCGCCUUCGGCCGCACGCACUUCGACCUCAGCGGCGCCGCCUUCGCCAGGCUCGCCGUCGCCGGCCACGGCGGCCAGCUGCAGAACCGAGGCGAGAUCUCGGUGGUGUACCGCAGGACGGCGUGCAAGUACGGGGGGAAGAACAUUGCCUUCCACGUGAACGAGGGCUCGACGACCUUCUGGCUCUCGCUUCUCGUCGAAUUCGAGGAUGGAGACGGCGACAUUGGAUCCAUGCAGCUAAAACAGGCAAACUCGGCACAAUGGCAGGACAUGAAGCACAUCUGGGGGGCCACCUGGAGCCUCACCCCGGGCCCACUGGUGGGGCCCUUCUCGGUGAGGCUGACAACCCUGACCACCAGGCAGACCCUCUCGGCCCAGGAUGUCAUCCCCAAGAACUGGACCCCCAAGGCCACCUACACCUCUCGCCUCAACUUCGCCUAGAGGAGGCCCCUCCGGCCCAUGUUUGAUGUUUCGUUGGCUGGGCUCCCCAAGGAGGCCCAUACGGCGUGUUUACUUUCGGAUGAAUUGUGUCGUUCUUGCGUUGCAGAUUGGAGUAACUUGUUUUGUGUAGCUAUAGCUAUUGAUGAUACCUGCCUAAUAGUGCGUGGGACUGGCAUGUGGGCCCAGGUAGCCCUCUCCGAAGCGGAGAGAGAGCGUGAUUUGGUUGGUGUUUUGCUUGCCUUCCUGGGAGGUUUGGGAUCCCAUGUGGUUAGAGGCCCCGGUGAAAACAUCCUCAGGGUCUAUAUAGUUAAGUGCAUAUAUACUUGUAUGUGUGUCAAGUAGAUGAACUGUAUUAUGUUCCCUAGCUACUUCCCUGUGCGCCCUGAAGUUUGAUCUUUGUGUUUGAUUAUUUUUCUCGUUACCAACUAAUGUAUUAAUGUUGGUCUUAAACUGAUGUUUGCAGUUAUUUGUUCUGAAACUACGCAUACAAUCAAUAAUUGGUUUGCCUUCA